CUACAGCAAUCAUUUCCCCAUGCUAUAUAAAUACAGAUGUGAACCAGCCACCUUCACACUGGUUCUUCAGACAGGACAGCGUCAAUUAAAACACACUGACAAAGACUAAAACUGAACACCAUGAAGGUUCUUGUGGUGCUUGCACUUGCUGUAUUUACAGGUUGCCAGGCCAACCUAUUCUACGCUGAUGAGCCCAAGCCACAGCUGGAGCAGCUGACUGAUGCAUUCUGGAGCUAUGUUUCCAAGGCAACACAAACCGCAGAGGAAACCGUCAAGAUGAUCAGGUCUUCCCAACUGGGACAGGAAGUCAAUGCUAGACUGACCCAGAGUGCCGACAUGGCCAGCGAAUAUGCCGUCACUCUCAAGAAACAGAUGGAUCCUCUGGCUGAAGAGCUGAUGACCAAAAUCACCAAGGAAGCUGAAGUGUUGAGGGAGCGUUUGGGCCAGGACCUGAUCACUGUGAGAGACCAGCUGGAGCCCUAUGCUGACAACCUCAAGAGCCAGAUCCAGCAGAGAGUGGAGGAGCUCAGGACGGCCAUGGCUCCAUAUGCAGAAUCCCUGGAUUCUGAGACCCUGAAGGCCACUCUGCUCCAGAAGAGUGAGGAACUGAGAGGAAACCUGGAGCAGAGCGUGAAGGAGCUGCAGGCUCAGCUGGAGCCCUACAGUGCUGAAAUCAAGGAGAAGGUUGACCAGCAUCUGCAGGAGUUCCAGAAGACCGUGAGCCCUCUGGCUGAGGAUCUUCAGACCCAGAUUAGAGAGAGAGCCCAGAUGGUCCAGCAGAGUCUCACACCUUAUGGCGAAGACCUGAAGGAAAAGCUGGACCCCUACGCACAGGACCUGAAGAACCAGCUCACCUCCCUGUACGAAUCCUUCAUCAAGAGAAAUUAGAUGCUUCAAAGACUUCUUCUUUCACUAACAGAACUACAUAAUUACUCAUGAUCUUCAAAAUGUUACAUAUUUGAUCCAUGUUUUCCUCCAUUUAUCCUACCAUGCUCUAUACUAGAGCAAAAAAAAAAAAAAAAAGGUUUGAUAAAGUCUCAUAAAUUCCAGUAUGCAAUAUCCAAUGUCCUUUACAUUUGCAAAUUCUCUAUUUUUUCUGUGUAACAGUGGUUAUUUAUUUAGAAUAAAUACAUUAUCUCUGAGAAAAA